AUGAGUUACAAAAUACUGCCAUAUGAGAUUAUUUCUCUCAUAGCUAGUCAUAUAUCGACAAGAGAUAAACUCGCCUGUACCAGAGUGUGCAAAGCUUGGCAUUUUCCAUUUAUGAAAAUCAUGUUGUUCAGAGUCAGAAUAAAAGAAGGCCGCCCAUUGAAUGCUUUUAUUCGAUUCAUUACAUCCUCCCCAGAAAAUAUAACCCAGUAUUGUCCUCUCGUAAAGAUUAUACACCUAAGGAUUCAACACGACCCUCAACCGAAACUAAUUCGAUGGCUACAAAAACACUUUCAAUCGAUAGAAAAAUUAGACAUUGACGGUGGGAGCUUAAGCUCAACCUGCUUUGGCAACAAUACUUACUGGAAGUUCUGGAAAUCCAUGACACACCUAAGGCUAAGUUUGAAUGGAUAUAAUAUAUACAAGAAUGAUUUUAUAGCGGGCCUAAGUUGUAUUCCUGCUCUCAUACAUUUGGGCCUUUCUCAGGGCGGAUCAAAAGAAAAAUUCAUUUGUGACCUUGACGACUUGGAAGCCAUCCACUCCCGGUUGCCUGUACUUGAAGAGCUAGUCAUGUGCCAUGCGUUUAAAAGUCUUUCUAAAGAAGAUUUACCAAAAGUGGAAAGUACACCCAAGGCUUACCGGAUGAGAGCCGUAAGAUUUGAAGUGAGCAUGGUAGAUCUUGGAUGGUUGUAUUAUUGGGGCUGUAAAUAUCCAAAUCUGGCUAUCAUUGAUUGCAUUGCUGGAUUCGAUCAAGACAAAUUUGACAGAUAUCGCGACCUAGGAAUAGAGUCAAGGCCUUAUGUAAAGCACAUAUUUAAAUGUCUUUAUUUAGCCAAGCUUAGAGCUGAUAUCGAGAGACCUCAAUUUCAAACCGCCUUUAUAAACUUCAUUUCAAAAACGCGCGCCAAAAUCUCCCAGUUUGUUUACGCUCCAAAUCAUUCCGAAAAGGGCACAUUGACUAAUCUUUCGAUUGUCGAGAAUGACACGCAAGUCUUUAAGAACGUCUCUGAGUUUUUUCUUUAUCUUCGGAAAGAUACGAAGUUACCGGCAGCUUUCUUGGGCGGACUCAGCUACCUUUCUAAGCUAAAAAAACUGACAAUAGAGAGCCAACAAGGAUUGAUUCCUUUGCAUGUUGUCCUAGAUCAUUGCCCAACUCUGAAAAAUCUCAUCAUUCAGGGAGGAACCAUUACUUAUUCAAAGUCUGAUGAAUCCUCUUGGAAGCCUCAUUAUCUAGAAAAAUUUGAGAUAUCCUAUGGUACUAUACAAUCUCAAGCUUUGUUUUAUCUCUCUACCCGCUGCCGACAGCUUUUCCAAGUACGAUUGAUGUAUGCCAAAGUCCAAGCUCCACUGAAAUCUAGUGAAAGAGAGAUAAAUAUAAACAUGGAGCACUCUCGGCUGAAAGAGCUGCUAUUCCAUCAAGUAACCUUUGAAAGGUUAAAUAGAAAAGACGAGUCUACAAAGGAAAAUGUGUUUUACGUGGUUGUCAGUCAAGACAAUAGAGCAGAAACUUUGAAUAAAACGCAACAUGACAGCACGAUUUCGGUUAAGGACUGGUCGGUAUCCACUGGAAGCAAGAAAAAUGAGAAACAAAUGACUGACGAUAUAUGGCUCUAUUUUAAUGUCAAGAAACUUGCAGCAACCACAGAAGGAGGGUCAAGAUUUUUAAAGGAUGACGAAAAGGAAAAAAUUACCUCAUAUUUCAAAGCCUUUAGAUUUAAUCAGGGCCGUGCCGCAGAUAUUGAAAGUACCGACAGAUCUUCUUACGCAAAAGAGGAACGUGAGAUUAGAGAUACCACUUUUCCCAGAAGUUAUGUAAGAUGGAAAUGCGCUCAUAUUGACCGCCUCUAUAACGGAAUUGAGAGGGAUGCGCGUUAUCCAAAAUAUAAAGAGAUAUCCUUGUGA